AUGGCGAGGAGGCCCAGAGGAGGCCCUGGGGGCCCCACAUGCUGCCUCAAUGCAGGCCUGAUGUCAUUUUCUGUCUUGUUUGUCCUGGUGACUUCAGUGAAUGCAGUAAGUCUUCCUCAGUUGGUGAAUCCCGCCUUCCCAGGCACUGUCAUUUGCGAUGAAAAUGAAACAACAGUCAAGUUUCUAGGCAGUAUUGACGCUGAGAUGUGGCAUCCAUCUGUGGUUGAUGCUUCAGGAGUUAAGAUGCUGAAUUGUGUCUAUGGCGUGGAACCAGAAAAUCUCACCCUGAAGGUCCCAUACGAGAACUGUACCAAGAGAGUGCUUGGAGGGUACCAGAUGAACAUCAGAGUACAGGAGAACAGUACCAACACAGGACACGGGGAAAGUGUGUACAAGUUCUUCUGUCCAGUUAUGCAUGAAGAGAUUCACGAGCUUCCAGAAUCCACAGUCUGCAUGAAGGACUUCGUAUCUUUUUCAUUUCCACAAAUGAUCACUGGAUUUGCUGAUAGUCAGGCAGACACAUCUGGUAUGGGAUGGAUUGUUGAAGUUGGAAAUGGCACAGAAGCCCACACCCUGACCCUGAAGGACGCCUUAAGACAAGGGUUUAAUCUCGUAAUAGACAGCCAAAGCAUGAACCUCCAUGUACCAUUCAAUGCCACUGGAAUAAGUCACUACAUGAAAAAUACCAGUCAUCUCUUCAUGGUGUUCCUGAAGUUUUCAUUUGUCUCCCCUGCGCAGAAGAUCACCUUCUCAUCACGAGCUCUUUGUGUAUCGGAUCUUUCUGUGGCUUGUAAUGUCACACACAUGACUCUUGCCAUACCAGAAUUCCCUGGGAAGCUGAAAUCUGUGAGCAUUGAAAAUAGGAACAUCCUCCUGAGCCAACUGCCUGACAAUGGGAUCUACAGAGAAGAAACAAAUGGCUUGAUGUUGCAUUUCCACAAAACUCUUCUGAAGACAAAAUCCUCUGAAAAAUGCCCACUGGAUCAGUUCUACUUAUCUUCACUCAAGUUGACCUUUGACUUCCAACUGGAUAUGCUAUCCAUGGUGACUGAUUCCGAGUGUCCUUGUGAGUCACCAGUCUCUAUAGGUGAGCUAUGCACCCAGGAUGGGUUUAUGAACUUUGAGAUCUACAGCAACCAGACAAGACCAGCGCUGAACUUGGCUUCUCUCAUGGUGGGAAACUCGUCAUGCCAUCCAAUCUUCAAGGCUCAGUCUCGGGGCCUCGUGAGGUUUCACAUACCUCUGAAUGGAUGUGGAACAAGACAGAAAUUUGAAGGUGAUAAAGUUGUCUAUGAAAAUGAAAUUCAUGCACUCUGGAAAAACCUACCACCAAGCAUCAUAUUUCGAGACAGUGAGUUCAGAAUGACAGUAAAGUGCCAUUACACCAGGGAUAGCCUACUACUAAAUGCCAAUAUCAAAAGUCUUCCUCCUCCAGUGGCUUCUGUGAAACAUGGUCCCCUUGUGCUAAUCUUACAAACCUACCCAGACAAAUCCUACCAACGACCCUACAGGAAGGAAGAGUACCCUCUAGUGCGAUACCUCCGCCAGCCAAUUUACAUGGAAGUAGCCGUCCUGAACAGGGAUGAUUCCAAUAUCAAGCUGGUCUUGGAUGACUGUUGGGCAACAUCCUCCAAGGACCCUGCCUCUCUCCCCCAGUGGCAUAUUGUUGUAGAUGGCUGUGAAUAUGACCUGGACAACUACAGAACUACCUUCCAUCCAGCCAGCUCCUCUGAGACCUAUCCUGACCACUCUCAGAGGUUUGAUGUGAAGACCUUUGCCUUCGUGUCAGAGGCUCAGGGUUUCUCUAGCCUGGUCUACUUCCACUGCAGUGCCUUGAUCUGCAGUCAAGCCUCUCCCGACUCCCCUCUGUGCUCUGUGAUUUGCCCUGCCUCAUCUAGGAACAAACGAGAGGCUGUUGAAGAGGACAGAAUGACAGUCAGUCUCCCAGGACCCAUUCUCAUGCUGUCAGAGGAACCUUCCUUCAAAGAUGUUGUGGAUGCCAAAGGGCAAGCAGUUGCUGAGGAUCCUGCGUUUAAAACAGGGGCUUCAGUGGCCGCCUUCAUGGCCUUGGUGGUCACUGUAGGCAUCAUCUGUUACCUGAGAAAGAAAAGAGCUAGGAGAUUGAACCAUUGA